CACAUCUAAAAACUGCAGGACUGCGGCCCUCGAGGCCUGGAGUUUGACACCUGUGUCAUAAGCCCUUUGCAGGUUAUCUUUUAACUUUGCAACAUAAGAGGAAUGCUGAUGGUCCCCAUCUUCAUCCAGAGAUGUCCCAAAGCACACAUCCACUGGGAGUUUUGCUUCUCGCCCGAACAUUAGAAAAUAUGGAGAAAAUCCAGUAGCAUCACAUUUGGUGCUAUUAUAAGCGUGCACCAAGUGAACAACAUGCUGGCUCCAUUGUCUUUUCUUUUCUUGAUUCAACGUUCCCAGCAUGGAUAGCAAAGUCCUAUUAAAUAGCCCAACGCCGGCGGCACUCUGAGCGCCAUGUCGAGCCAAGGAGGAAAGAAAAAGACAACCAAGACGUCCCGGUCCACCAAGGCCGGCGUCAUCUUCCCUGUGGGGUGCAUGCUGCGCUACUUCAAGAGGGGGCUGCCGAAAUAUCGCAUUGGCGUGGGAGCGCCGGUCUACCUGGCUGCCGUCCUCGAGUACCUGACCGCUGAGAUCUUGGAGCUGGCUGGCAAUGCAACGAGAGACAGCAAAAAGGGCCGAGUGACGCCGCGACACAUCCUGCUGGCCAUCGCCAACGACAAGGACAAAGACGGGAACCUGAAAGGCGAUGGCCUCUGCUGCUACCUUAAGAAAGAGUCGGUGGCUCUGGCUGUGCGUCUGAUUGAUGAGUCAGAGGUCAGAGGUUAUAAACUCCCUGUGGAAGCAGCUCGCUUUGAGCUAAAGGGUCAGUAUGACGCCAGCAAGAAGAAGAAGAAAAGCAAAGAUUACAAAAAGAAGAUGCACCAGCAACAGAAACAGCUGGACUGGAGGCCCGAGAAGCAAGGAGAACUCAGGAAGAGGCAUGAAAAAGUUGUCAUCAUCAGAAACAUGUUUCAUUCCAGCGGUGCCUCCAUUUUAUGUAGCCCAAUUAUACCGCUCUAACGUGGGUAAGGGCCCCUGAGUUCCUUAAACUCAUUAAGUUACAAAUAAUAACUAUUACACUCUCGUGUUUAAACCUAUGUUGAGUUUCACUCACCUUAGAGUAAUGAUAUACUAGUACUUUUCUUUCCUUCUCACCAAAUAAUAUAGAUUUGAAUAGGAAUAAUACACUCAAAAUACAGUUCUGAAUAGAUCAAACACACACCUGUAUGAGAGUUGAACAUAUAUUAAACACAAUAACAAAUGCACAAAAUGCAAAAUGUUUCACUCUUUUGAUUUUAGAACCUAUAUUAAUCAAUGUGGGCCCACACUUUAAUGUUCAGCUAAGCCGGCAAUAACUAAGUAAAAUAUAGUCCCAAAAAAAAAAAACCCUUGCAGGCCUGAUGUGUUGACGAAACGUGGAACUCCACUCCAAGUGAAGAC